CGAACAAAGAAUUUUGGUAGCGCUUCAGGCAAUCUUUCAAACUACUUCGUACUUCUUGGUUGUUGAGAGUUCCUCUAGGAACUCACUUUGUCGUUUUCGAGAGAAUUCCUCGGCGCCUUCAACAACUACUACACGUGAGCCCCAUCCUGCUGAACCUCCUUUUCGGCUUCGCUAUCUAUCGUUUGCAGCUAUGAUGGCACAGCCUCCAACCACAGGUGACGGGACACAAAAUCCUCCCCAGACCGCAUCAGGCGAUAUGGCCGAUGAAUCCCAGAUUACUGGGAUCUUGGAUUGGAAGCCGUCCAGGCAUCAGAAGGCCAUAAUUUACACCGUCGGUGUUCUCAACCUUAUUGUCGCGCUCGAUGCAAGCGUUGUCGUCACGGCUUUAGCGGCGAUUGUAAAUGACAUUGGCGGUUCAACUACUGAAGCUUUCUGGAUUGGCACAUCAUAUCUCCUCGUCAACGCUAUCACCAUGCCAAUUAUUUGUUCCGUCAGCGAAGUCAUCGGUCGUCCUAUCUGCCUCACAUUCGCCAUCGCUGUUUUCGCCGUCGGUACUAUCGUCUGUUGCGUUGCUGGUGAUAUAUCUACUUUACUUGCUGGUCGCUGUAUUCAGGGUGUCGGGGGCGGGGGAAUUCAUUCCCUCGGCCUAGUGGUUCAGACCGACAUCAUUCCACUGAGAUGGCGGCCAACGUGGAAUGCCAUCGUUCUUGGGUUUUGGGCCCUAGGUCUUUGUCUAGGUCCAGUCAUCGGCGGCGCGAUUGCCGAGAGGACAACAUGGCGCUGGAUCUUCUAUCUAAUGUUCCCGAUCUGCGCCUUUGGUUUAAUGGCUGUUCCAUACCUCCUCACCCUAAGACCGAAGAAGAGAACUGCGCAAGAGAAGCUGAGCAGGAUUGAUUGGAUAGGGGGGGCUCUUUUCGCCAUAUCUGGAACGGCCACCUUGAUUGCCAUUUCAUGGGGUGGUACACAGGCAUGGAUCUCAUCUCCUCCUUGUGCCGCUACUUUGACGCCGCUCAUCGUAGGCGUCGUUGGGCUUGCCUUCACUAUAGCAUACGAGGGCUAUCUUGCCAAAUAUCCCUUCCUCGAAAAAUCUUUGUUCAGAGACAUGGGAUCUAUCGUCACAUACCUAGCUGCCGUGUCUCAAGGAAUUUCUCUAUUUUCGGAAUUACACUCCCUGACCUGUUGUAGUUGCCCUUUCUACUUUAUGGCCGUCAAAAAAUAUAAUGCCUUGCAAACCGGCGUGGCCUUGCUUCCCCUGCUCUUCACAACUACCGUUUCCGGCAUGAUUACCGGCAGGCUCGUCACACGCUUCAAUAACUACCGUUGGCCAAUAUGGAUUGGAUGGUUCGUUGGCUCCGUCUCGGCUGCGAUGGUCAUGAUUUGGCGGACAAACGACAGCGCGGUCGUCUGGGUCCUCACUUAUGUUAUUGCUGGACUCGGCCAGGGCGCUGUUCUUAGCGCACAGAACUUCGCAUCUCAGGCCAUCUGCAAUACCGGCGACGAAGGCAAGGCUGCUGCCAUUUACAUCUUCUCACGCCAGGUUGGAAUGUCUCGCGGCGUUGCAAUCGGGGCCACCACAUUCCAAAAUAUGAUGAAACUCAAGCUCCGUUGGGAAGGGCUCCCCACAGAUAUUGCCACCCAUGCCGAAGCAUACAUACUAACUUUGCACGGCUUGCCGCCUGGACCCAUGCGCGACAUCAUCUUCGAUGCAUACAAGUUUGGCAUUCAAAUUGUUUUCGAUGUUUGUCUGGCAUUGUCAGUUAUUACGCUUGUUCUGGUUGUCGUGUUCAUGAAGCACGUAGACAUGAACAGGAAGCUUAACACGGAACAUCAGCUUGACAGCAAGCAGCAUAUGCGCAGGCACUGGGGUGACAAAGAGCAUCCGGUUCCUGGUAGUGGACAGUAGUGGCAUGCUCGAUGCAAAUCCACUGCCAUGUUGCGAAUGGACAUAGCAGAGACCACUUGUAGGACCAUGUUGGCCUACAAUCAGGGACCACAUUUGAGAUGAAACACAAGGAAUCGAAAAUAGGCUUGCUGGGUUUGGAACUAAAGUAUGCAUAUAGGGAAAUGUCGAC